GCGGCCAUUUUAGAAGUUACAAAAACGUUCGUAGUUCAAUUUCAAAUAACGCGUGAUAAAUUUCGCGUGAUAUGGAAGUGCGGCAAAGUGGCAGUAGUGACGAGACAAUGACACAGACCCAGGAAGAUUCGCACGAUUUGGAUUCAAAGUUAUUGGGUCCUGUUCCAAUUGUUGUGGCCACAGAAACCCACACCUUUAAGCUCGCCGAGAAGGCUUUGGAAGAUAUCUUGCUCGAUGAAAGUGUUAGAGACAAGAAGGUCGCUGUAGUAUCCGUUGCCGGUGCAUUCAGGAAAGGAAAAUCGUUUUUACUGGAUUUCUUUCUCCGGUAUUUAGACAGAGAGGGAGCUCAAGAUUGGAUUGGAGGAGAGAAUGAAGCCUUGAAGGGUUUUUCUUGGAAAGGGGGGUCUGAGCGUGAUACCACUGGCAUCCUUCUGUGGAGUAAGCCAUAUAUAAAAAAGCUCCCCAAUGGAGAAGAGAUCGCUGUUCUACUGAUGGACACUCAGGGUUCAUUUGACAGCUCAUCAACAGUAAAAGACUGUGCAACAAUAUUUGCACUCAGCACAAUGACCAGUUCUAUCCAGAUUUACAAUUUAACACAUAAUAUACAAGAAGAUGAUCUUCAACAUCUCCAGCUUUUUACAGAGUAUGGCAAACUGGCAAUGGAAGAAAGUGAUAUAAAGCCAUUUCAAAAACUGAUGUUUCUGAUUCGAGAUUGGAGCUUUCCUUAUGAACAACCUUACGGAGCUGAAGGUGGAAACAAUCUUUUAGAGAAGCGUCUUCUUACGACAGAAAAACAGCAUUCUGAACUGAUUCAAGUGAGGAAGCACAUUAAGUCAUGCUUCAGUGACAUUGGUUGUUUUUUGAUGCCACAUCCUGGCAUGAAAGUGGCCACAAAUCCCACAUUUGAUGGCAGUCUGAGAGAAAUUGAAAACGAAUUUAAAGAGCAGUUACGAAAACUGACCCCAUCGGUGCUUUCCUCUGAAAACCUUGUUGUUAAAAGUAUCAAUGGUGGAGAGGUGACAUGCAGAGGGCUGUUGGAGUAUUUUAAGGCAUAUAUGAAGAUCUUCCAAGGUGAAGAACUACCGCAACCAAAGUCUAUGUUGCUGGCCACAGCUGAAGCGAACAACCUUGCAGCUCUGGCAAUCUCGAAAGACUCUUACUCAAAACAGAUGGAACAUCUGUGUGGUGGCGACACGCCCUACUUAGCGCCGCAUGAACUCGAAAAGAAACACCAACAGGUGAUGGAAAACUCGUUAACGAUGUUUCACGGCACUCGGAAGAUGGGAGGUAGUGAAUUUAGCCAGGAGUACGCCGAAAGACUUAGGAAGGAGAUCGAAGAAGCAUUUGGGAACUUUGUUAAACUUAACGACGGCAAAAACAUCUUUAAUGCUGCCCGCACUCCGGCCGUCUUCUUCACGCUAGUGGUUAUGGGAUACUUUUUCUCUAGUGUAUUCGGCUCGAUUGGAUUGGUGGCGUUUGCGCGCAUGUGCAAUCUGGUGAUAUGGUCCGGUCUGUUAGCUAUUAUUGUGUGGUCCUACAUUCGAUUCAGUGGGGAGUUCAGAGAAUAUGGAGCCAAGCUGGAUAACUUGGCAGAAGUUAUGUGGGACGAGAUAUUUAUGCCAGCAUACAAUGCUGCAUUUCAACGCGGUGUGCAAGCAGUGAUAAUGUCACAGACACAAUCAUCCAAGAAAACGAAAUGAUUGAAAAAAAAAUCUGAUUUAAAAUCGAAUAUUAAAGCAGCUCAACUCACGGGAAGUUCAACUGCUCUUACAGACUAUGCUCUCGCAACUACAAAGAGUGAUGAUUCCCGUAAAAUUAAUUGCGAAUAAGUUAAUCACCAGUUACGAAAAACUUGGAGAUAUUUUGAUUUUUGUCACAAAAUAGACCUUUUGAGCGGUUUCUAGUUGGGUGUUGAAACAUCAACAAAACAAUAUUUUUUCUUUUCAUUAACCCAUGUAAGUGGACUCAAAGUUGAUUUAAUUCGUUUGCGCUCAAGCUGAACUGCGACUAAACUGGGGUGGAGACGUAGUCACAUACUUUGGUUGGUUGGUUUGUUUGUUUAAAUUAACUCAUGAAGUAAUUUUGGCACGCAAUUGAAAACCGCUUGAUCGGGGAAGGGUACAGGAAAUGCCACAAUUUUAUCAGUAACUGUUGCAAAGUUUCAUGACCUCAUUAAUUAGUGACACUUUGCAGUCUGUAUGUCCAGUCCUCAAUUGCUUUUGAACAACUAGCUUUUCCCAGGAUGGCUAUCGUGCUAUGAUAACAGUAUGAAUUUUUUUCUUGCCCUCACUGGGAUUUUCCGAAUACUGCUCGGCUCAUUGCGGAACGCAUUCGUAAAAGGUUGCGGCUUACAGGAAUUUCCGAAGCCGUCAUUGGAUAUGGAAAUUGUUUCUGUGAAUUUCCAAAAUCUUUUGCGUCAGUACUUUUUUGCUGAUGGAAACUAAAAUUAUUUGAACAGUCAGACGACUUGUAAAUAACGAAAAUUGUUGGUGGAGAAAAAAAAUUAACGUUGACCGUGUUGAGGGAUUUAGAAAUGACAUUUUUGGAGAGGGGUGGUUUCAAACUGGCAUUUAAACCUAGCACUUUUAAGUUUCUAAUAACGCAAUGCAAAAUAAUUUGCUUGACUCAAAUAUGUAUUUACUUCAGAUGGUUAGGAGUCUCAGUGGAAAAUAAAACUCUUUAUGCAACAGCAGCCUUGAUACUUCUCGUUGAGUAACCCAGAACUGGGCUGUACGUGUUUGAAGGACAGCUAGAGCUGUUGGGGCAUCAGUUUGCUAUAUCACCUUUAAGAGUUAAAAUAGAAUUAAACCGAAAUAUAAUAGAAAUAAAGAAAUUAUUGGUGAUCGAGA